AUGGGCUCCUGCGUGUGGGCAGCCGCGGCGACUGUAGCCUUGCUAAUCUCUUACUCCUCUAUCUCAUUUGCCCUAACGCCCGACGGUAUGCCCCUCUCUUUCUCUCUCUCUCGUUCUGCGGCCUGUCCCCCAUUUGUGGGGUUUUGGCGGACUGAGUUAGCUGGAGAGUGGAAUGGGAAGUAGUUUGUGAGUGGAAGAAUGGAGAUUGAUGGGUCUAGGGUGUGAAUGUGGUACUGAUCAUACUGCUGCUGGUAAUUAGGGCUAGUGCUGCUCGACAUCAAAGAGGGAUUCCUCCGCGCGGCUGGUGCCAGGCAGAUGCCGCAGAUGCUGGAUACCUGGAAGGAGACCGACGCCAGCCCUUGUAACUGGACUGGGAUCUCCUGCCACCUCCCGCAUUUGACGACUGUUCGAUCCAUGUACGUACUGUCACCGUCGCCAAUCGACGCGAUUCCUCCCCUCUUUGCUCCGGCUUAUGCUCAUACUUUUGUGGUUUCUGGUCUGCUCUCCUCUUCGCCUCAGAGAUUUGCCCUAUAUGAAGCUGGGUGGUCUCAUCUCUCCCAGCAUUGGCAAGCUCCAGAGGUUGCAGAGGCUGUAAGUAGUCUCGCGACCCCUGCAUUGUCUGUCCCAAAGCAUUACAAAAAAAAACUAGGGCAGAUGGUUACUGACUUUUAUCGGAUUACUGGGGGCAGUUCCCUUCACCACAACAGCUUGCACGGUUCCAUCCCUUCGGAGAUCGGCAGCUGCCUCGAGCUGAGAGCAUUGUGAGCUCCGUUUGCCCUAGUUCCCGUUGAUUCUUUCUCUAAGUGAAGGAGAUCAAACGAUUUUUAUAUCUUUAUCUUGAAAGGUAUCUGAGAGCCAACUACCUCAAGGGUAGUAUCCCUCCCGAGAUCGGGCACCUGAGCCGUCUCAUCAUCCUGUAUGUUGCUCGAGCUCAUUGUUCUCUGGUUUAGUUCUCCACUCUUCGUCUCUCUCAUCUCUUCUUGCGACAUUACAUCAUGGGAUGCAGGGAUCUCUCAAGCAACUUGCUCAAGGGUUCCAUACCAGCAUCUAUUGGCCGCCUCACACACCUCCGGUUCCUGUGAGUUCUAUCAUCCUUUGUCGAUGAGAUCAAUCCAGCGAAAUUCUUCCAUUAAUGCUCUCUGACCAGAAGAGCUGGCGCUUUAUUAUUUCUCAGGAACCUUUCGACCAAUUUCCUCUCUGGUGAAGUCCCAGACAUCGGCGUGCUGUCUACCUUCAGGAACACCUCGUAAGUUGACUGAUCAAACUCCAGCUCCCCCUCUUCUUCGGUCAACAGCUGAACAACACUCUGGGAUGUAUCUUCCAUUGAGUUAUGGUUUGAUGAUGCUAAUGGACGCAGGUUCAUUGGGAACUUGGAUCUGUGCGGUCGCCUGGUUCAGAGGCUUUGUGGCCGCCCACUAGGCUUCCCUGCAAUGCUGCCGCAGCAAGAGGGAGACGCCUCUCUGGGCAAGCAUUCCUUUGGAUAUAUUUUUUUCAUUCUGUCCUAGGUGCUACUAUUUUAUUCAUUAAUUCUUGGUGAUGGUUGACCUCUGCCAGGGUCUGCGCCAGGGUCAUCCAAGAAAUCCUCACAUUAUCUCAAUGGGAUCCUGAUUGGCUCUAUGUCAACCAUUGGGGUUGCUCUGCUUGUGGUGCUCUGCGUUCUUUGGAUCUGCUUGCUGUCAAGAAGUGAGAAACUGAGUGGAAAAUACUUCAAAGUGGACAAGCAGCUCGCUGAGGAUUCGAGUAAGUGGUGGCUUCUCUCUCACUCUACUGAAACCCUCGGGGAUCACCCACUGACUGGUCCUGAGUUCUGGGUUGCUAGGCACCAAGCUCGUCAAGUUCUUGGGAGAUCUUCCAUAUUCAUUAUCUGAAGUAAUGAAGAAACUUGAGGUCCUUGAAGAAGGAGAGGUGCUCGGAUCCGGUGGAGUGGGCUGCGUGUACAAGUUGACCAUGGAUGAUUCUGCCAUAUUUGCAGUCAAAAGGAUUGAACAAAGGUUCGAAGGAUCUGGGGAAAUUUUGGAGAGACAGGUUGAGAUCUUGGGCAGCGUCAAGCACAUUAACCUCGUCAAACUCCAAGGCUACUGUCGGCUUCCCUCUGCCAGAUUUCUCAUUUACGACUACUUAGCUCUGGGUAGCCUGGAUCGCUAUCUGCAUGGUGCGCACUGUGGCAAAGGAAGCGGGUUCCGUGUCCUCAAUCGCAUUAGUUUAGCAUAUAUCUCUUAUUUAAUCAAACUUAGAACAUGGGAUUUAUUAUUUCAUGCCAUUUUAUUAUUUCCUGAUUUAUUUUUAAGUCAUAGCCAUUUUCAUUUAAUCAUAUGAUAUCAUGGAAAAUCAUAUCACUGCAAUUGUUUGGCGGUUUAUUGCAUUUUCUCUGUUCUCAUUUGGAUGGUCUGAUUCGAAAAGGUGGGGAAGAAGAGCCACCAUUGAACUGGAAUGCACGUCUGAAGAUAGCCUUGGGUUCUGCGAGGGGUUUGGCAUACUUGCACCACGAUUGCUGCCCCAGACUACUGCACACGAACAUCAAAUCCUCUAACAUACUCCUCGACAGAAGCUUGGAGCCCCAUGUCUCCGACUUUGGCCUUGCCAAGCUUCUAGUAGAUGAAGAUGCCCAUGUGACAACUGUCGUUGCAGGCAGUUUUGGCUAUCUUGCUCCAGGUGCUUCUAAUCCCCUUCAACUCCUUCGUUAGAUAUAUUCUCUUGCAUGAUCUAAUUAUUUUAUAAUUGGAAAGUGGCUCAUAUUUACUAUUUCUUUUGUACUGUCUCAUUGUCUUCGACUCUGAUAAUUUUUUUUUCUAUCUAACCAUAAAAGGGAAAGGUUGUUGAGUCAACUCGUCAAUUCUUGCAUCAUAUAAUUAUUUUCUGAUCGAAAAUGGCCAUGGUCAACCUUUCUUUUGUUUAUAAUAUCAGAGUACCUCAAUGAUGGUCAAGUGACUGAAAAGUCAGACGUCUAUAGCUUUGGGGUGCUCCUCUUGGAGCUGGUGACUGGCAAGAGGCCCACUGACCCAUCUUUCGUGAAGAGAGGACUGAACAUUGUCGGCUGGGUGAGUGUGGAAUGGCUUCCUAGAGAUGGAUGGUUUUUUUUUUUUUUCAUUCUUUUUUUUUUUCAAUUGUGUUUAUUCUUCUAAGUGGGGUGGGGGUUGGAUUUACUGCAGAUGAACACGCUCUCAGAGCAGGACCUAUUUGAUGAUGUUGUGGAUCCGAAGUGCAGCGGCAUUGACAUGGAGUCAGUCGAAGCUGUCCUUGACAUAGCUGCCAUGUGCACGGAGGCAGGGCCAGAUGACCGCCCAACCAUGGGCGGGGUCCUGCAGAUGCUUGAGGAGGUGGUGCUGUCGCCCUGCCCCAGUGACUUGGACAUUUAG